AGGCGCAGCCUUGCGUCUCGGUUUACUCUGUCCAUUGCCACUCUUGCUCACUCCCUAUAUUCCUGGUCCUACCCCCAUGUACAGUACACGUCAGUGGAAAACCAUAUCUACGUUCUGCAACAUUGUGUCGAGCACACUAUUUAUCAAAUUUAACCCGCCUGUAUUUCGCGCCAACCUCUCCAAUGACCUCAUCCUACUAGUCACCAUCACUCAACGUCCUCAGUUGUACUCGUACACCGACCCAACGCAGCACGGCCCUACGAGUUACUCUGUACAUACACCUUCAUUCUCUCAGUAAUGGCUCCCUCGCCCACGAUCCGCCGCCUCCUCAAAGAAACCGCCGAACUCUCGUCGCAAUCCUCGAACCCCAACCCAGCAUUCUACGCGGCGCCGGUUUCGGAAGCCGACCUGCACGAAUGGCACUUCACCCUCCUUGGUCCUCCCUCGCCCUCGCCCUACGCUGGUGGGAUGUACCACGGCCGUAUCACCCUACCCGCAACGUACCCUUUGAAACCGCCCAACUUCCGCUUCCUCACGCCCUCCGGCCGCUUCGAGGUCAAUCGAGAGAUCUGCCUGAGCAUAUCGGGCUUCCAUGAGGAGACGUGGAUGCCUGCGUGGGGUGUGCGGACGGCGUUGACGGCGUUGAGGAGUUUUAUGGCCGAGAAAGGCUCGGCGGGUCAGGUCGGCGGGUUGGAGGCCAGUGCCGAUGUGAGGAAGAGGUUGGCCAGAGAGAGUAAAGGGUGGAAGUGCGAGGCGUGCGGGAAGACGAAUGAAGACGUCAUGAAGGAGUGGUGGGAGGUGUGCAGGGAGGCUGGUGUCAGUGUGCAGGAAGAGGAGGGCGUGGAGUUGGAAACGCUGCCGGAGGGCAUGAAUUUGGAGGCGAGGGUAAGGGAGCAGGAGGCGAAGAGCACGGCUCCAGCUACGGAGCAAAGGUCUGGUAAAGAGGGGAAAGAGAAGGGCAAGCAGAAGGACACGAGGCUACAACAGCAGAGUGAGGAAGUACCGCCUACACAGCCAGCCUCGACGGCAAUGUCAACGCUGUCAAGGGAACCAUUGCGGUCAGAAACACAGACACCUGCUCAACCGCAAUCGCCCUCACGCGCCCAGGCCCAAUCGCAACGACGCUCAAGCCUCAGUCCGCCAUCUCAGUCCUCAAUCCCCAUCAUAUCGACCCCGUCCGCCGAAGCGACCCAAGCCAGCGCCGAAGCCGUCUUGACACCAUCCGACUUCACCCUCCCGCCGUCUUCUUCCUCCAGCACAACAAGACCGACCAUGUCGAGGAUGUCCGGCAUCCACGCACCGCCUCUGGCCGCUGCCAACGCCGCGCUUGCCCCGUCCGGUCAACAACCCCUGCAGGAGAUACUCCAGCGCGACCGCGAGCGGGAGCAUAUAACCAUCGACCGCGCGAUCGCCGGUGUCUUUCUAGCCUUGUGUCUUAUGGUUUUGAAGAAGAUCUUCUAUCCUGCUGGCGUGACUGGAGGGGCCGUGGACGAUUUUUAUCUGCAGCGGGAAUAAAUCACUUUUCGAGAGCCUACGACUUGUAACCGUUCGCCAGUCAUCUGUGUUAUGGCGUAUGCGAGGUCCUGGCCGGUUUGGAAUUAGACUGUCUUGGAUUGAAAGCGUAUUGAGCAAGCAAGCAAGUGAGCGAUGAUUCCUUGGAUGUACAGAAUUGAAUGAUUAGGCGUACGAAAAUAGAGACCUCGAUAAAUGGCGCGCCACGAAUGCACUAUGGCUUGGGUUGCUUUUAAGCUUCUGCUCCGCCAGACCAGGGCUUUCACAAGACCCUUGGAACUGAGUCCAGGUACAGCUUUGGGCUUCGAUGCGGACGAGACGCGCAGCAAGCAAGAGUGGCAGUAAGAACAUGGGAGGCGGAGAAAAAAGCCCCGGACAGACGCCCGUCAAUAGAGAAAUUGGCAGGGGUUAGGGAUAUCUGCACUGCCUUGGUACGCAGCUUUGCUUUGUUUUGCUUCAAGUGGUACUCGUACCGGACUAGAACUCCAGCAAUGCC